GAAAUUUAACCCAGAGAUGCUAUAAUGAGACGCACUCAAUACGGGAAACGUAAAGACCGACGUGAAACAUCAAGGGAGGUAACAAGCGUGAGCUAAUGGAAACAUCGAGUCCAAAAACGCGCAUGCGCACCAUGCGUCCAUCUCUUUCCAUUUUAGCAUCGAAUUAUUUAUGUCCAUUGCUUGAAUUUAUGAAUACAUUUAUAAUAUUUUGUAAACAACACUAUCCUUUAUAAAACAUUGCUAAUAUCAGAUGACGUUUGGGAUACCAAGAGAUAUAUGCUCCUUAUCUAUCAUCUUUUGAAGACUGAAGAAAAAUGUUGUACAGAAGAGAUAUAUAACACUGUUUCUAUAAAUCUUUGGCAGAAUUACUGUGAAAUAUUUCCUCUGAACUGUGAUUAUUAGCAAAAUGUGUACUACACUGAUUGUAGUGUCUACAAGAUGAGAUUGUGUAAACUAAACUUGAAUAAAUUUACAAGAGUUCUUAGAUAAAGGUAACACUAGAUAAAAAUACAGCAGUAUGUAUAAUUGUAAAGAAUAAAGUACAAGAACAAAAGCAAGAAAUAUAUAUGCAUUGUGAUUUGAGAAGGUAAAUAAUGGAAAAGAUCGAGAAAUCUGAGGAAAUGAUUUUUCCUGAAGGUACGAUAAAAGAGAAAAGUAAAUUGUCAUACAACUGUGAUAUCUGUAAAAAGUCCUUCUCUCAAAAAGGUAACCUGAAUACUCACAAACGUAUUCAUACUAGGGAGAAGCCAUAUCAUUGUGAUAUUUGUGGUAAAUCAUUCACUGGAAGUAUUGACUUAACUAGGCAUGUACGCAUUCAUACAGGUGAAAAACCAUAUCAUUGUGAUAUCUGUGGUAAAUCCUUCUCUCAAAGUGUUGUCUUAACUACACACAAACGUAUUCAUACAGGAGAGAAGCCAUAUCACUGUGAUAUCUGUGGUAAAUCAUUCUCUGAACGUAGUGCAUUAACUAGACACAGCCGUAUUCACACAGGGGAGAAGCCAUUUCAUUGUGAUAUCUGUGGUAAAUCAUUCUGCAGAAGUAGUGACUUUACAAAACACAAACGUAUUCAUUCAGGAGAGAAACCAUAUCACUGUGAUAUCUGUAAUAAAUCAUUCUCUCAAGGUAAUAACUUAGCUAAACACAUAUAUAUUCAUACAGGAGAGAAGUCAUAUCACUGUGAUAUCUGUGCUAAAUCAUUCUCGACAAGUAGUGCCUUGACUUCUCACAAACAUGUUCACACAGGGGAAAAGCCAUUUCACUGUGAUAUCUGUGGUAAAUUAUUCUCUCAAAACAGUGACUUAACUAAACACAGACGUAUUCAUACAGGAGAAAAGCCAUAUCAUUGUGAUAUCUGUGGUAAAGCCUUCUCUCAAAAUAGUCACUUAUCUAAACACAAACGUAUUCAUAUAGGAGAGAAGCCAUAUCAUUGUGAUAUCUGUGGUAAAUCUUUCAUCCGCAAUCAUGACUUAACUAGACAUAAACUUAUUCAUACAGGAGAGAAGCCAUAUCACUGUGAUAUCUGUGGUAAAUCUUUCAUCCGCAAUAAUGAAGUAACUAGACAUAAACUUAUUCAUACAGGAGAGAAGCCACAUCACUGUGAUAUCUGUGGUAAAUCUUUCAUUGAAAAUGGUGAUUUAACUAAACAUAAACGUAUUCAUACAGGAGAGAAGCCAUAUCACUGUGAUACCUGUGGUAAAUCUUUCAUCCGUAGUAAUGACAUAACUAGACACAAGCGUAUUCAUACAGGAGAGAAGCCAUAUCAUUGUGAUAUCUGUGGAAAAUCUUUCAUCCGCAGUAAUGACAUAACUAAACACAGACGUAUUCAUACAGGAGAGAAGCCAUAUCACUGUGAUAUCUGUGGUAAAUCUUUCAUUGAAAGUGGUAUAUUAACUGCACACAAACGUAUCCAUACAGGAGAGAAGCCAUAUAACUGUGAUAUCUGUGGAAAAUCUUUCACUUACAGUAGUGACAUUACUAGACACAGACGUAUUCAUACAGGAAUGAAACCAUAUCAGUGUGAUAUCUGUGGUCAGUCAUUCAUUUCAAGUGGUAAAUUAACUGCACACAAGCGUAUUCAUACAGGAGAGAAACCAUAUCAUUGUGAUAUCUGUGGUAAAUCUUUCAUCCGCAAUAAUGACAUGACUAAACACAAACGUAUUCAUACAGGUGAGAAGUCAUAUCAGUGUGAUAUCUGUGGUAAAUCAUUCAUUGAAAGUAGUAACUUAAAUGUACACAAGCGUAUUCAUACGGGAGAGAAGCCAUAUAACUGCGAUAUCUGUGGUAAAUCUUUCUUUCGCAGGAAUGACUUAAGAAGACACACACGUAUUCACACAGGCAUGAAACCAUAUCAGUGUGAUAUCUGCGAUAAAUCAUUCACUGAAAGUAGUAAAUUAACUGCACACAAGCGUAUUCAUACAGGAGAGAAGCCAUACCAUUGUGAUAUCUGUGGUAAAUCAUUCACUAAAAGCAGUAACUUAACUGCACACAUAGGUAUUCAUACAAGAGAGAAGUGAUAAUUGUGGUUAAUCCUUCCCUCAUAACAGUUCCUUAACUGCACAUAAACGUACUCAUACAGGAGAGAAACUUUAUCAUUGUGAUAUACGUGGUAAAUCAUUCUCUCAAAGUUAUAGUGUAACUUGACAUAAACGUACUAAUACAGGAGAGAAACCAUAUUAUUGUGAUGUCUGAAAGUAUUAAUUUAACAAGACAUGUACGUCUUCGUAGAGAAGAGAAAGGAAAAGACUAAUUUCUAAUUGUUUCUUCUGUUGACUUCUUUUUCUUAAUAUUUCUGUUUUUCAUGUAAUGGUAAUUACAAUUCUGAAAAUAAAGAAUUUCCCAAAAUU